GCGAUAAUCGAAUGUGAUACAAUUUCGAUAAAUUAUAUCGAUAUAGCGAUAGCAGAUCAAAAUUCUACAAGGUUUAAUUCUUUAAACAUGGAAGGUCACUUCAACUUUCCAAAAGAGGAAGAAAAAAUUCUUGAAUUCUGGAAGGAAAUCGACGCUUUUAAUACACAAAUAAAUUUAUCCAAGGGCAAACCACCUUACUCGUUCUACGAUGGCCCUCCAUUCGCAACUGGACUUCCUCAUUACGGACAUUUGUUGGCCGGUACUAUCAAGGAUAUUGUCACUCGUUAUGCAACUCAGACUGGUCAUUAUGUUGAACGUCGAUUUGGUUGGGAUUGUCAUGGUUUACCUGUUGAGCAUGAAAUUGACAAAAAAUUAAAUAUCAAGGGUAAGGACGAUGUUCUAAAAUUGGGAAUCGACAAAUACAACCAAGAAUGUAGAAGCAUUGUGAUGCGAUAUUCAGGAGCUUGGCGAGAAACUGUGGAACGUAUUGGCCGUUGGAUUGAUUUUGAUAAUGAUUAUAAAACCUUAAAUACCUCUUUUAUGGAAAGCGUUUGGUGGGUAUUCAAAGAACUAUAUGAAAAAAAUCAAGUUUACCGUGGUGUAAAAAUAAUGCCAUUUUCUACCGCGUGUACGACUCCACUUUCGAAUUUUGAGUCUGCUCAAAAUUAUAAAGAUGUCAAUGAUCCAGCUAUUGUCGUCUCUUUUCCUUUGGUCAAUGAACCAGAUGUGCUUCUUUUAGCAUGGACAACAACCCCAUGGACAUUACCUAGUAAUUUAGCCCUCUGUACCAACCCUAAUUAUGAAUAUAUCAAAAUUAAGGAUGAAGUUUCCGGGCAUAUAUAUAUUCUAUUGGAGAAAUGUCUAAGUAUUUUAUAUAAAGAUCCCAAAAAUGCAAAAUACGUCGUAUUGGAAAAAAUCCUGGGAAAGGAUAUGAAAGGGUGGGAAUACAUCCCUUUAUUUGAAUAUUUUGUUCCUGAGUUUAAAGGAAAAGGAUUCAUUGUAUUAAAUGAUACAUAUGUCACAGAUGAUAGUGGUACUGGCAUUGUUCACCAAGCGCCAGCUUUUGGUGAAGAUGAUCAUCGUAUAUGCCUCGAAAACAAUAUUAUUACUGAAGAUGGUUUUCUUCCUUGUCCUGUCGAUGAGCAAGGCUUAUUUACUUCAGAAGUGACUGAUUUCGCUGGAAUGCAUGUUAAGGAUGCUGAUAAAAAUAUUCAAAAACUUUUAAAGCAAAAAAAUCGAUUAAUCAUUCAAUCUCAAAUUAAACAUAGUUACCCUUUUUGCUGGCGUUCAGAUACUCCAUUAAUAUAUAAGGCUGUUCCAUCAUGGUUUGUUCGUAUCAAAUCCAUCAUCCCUGACUUAUUAAAAAACAAUCAAGAAACUUAUUGGGUUCCUGACUUCGUCAAAGAGAAAAGAUUUGCAAACUGGAUCAUAAAUGCCCGAGAUUGGAAUGUUUCUCGUAAUCGAUAUUGGGGUACUCCAAUUCCGCUAUGGGUUAGCGAUGAUUAUGAAGAGAUUGUUUGUAUUGGUUCUUUAGCAGAACUCGAGGAAUUGUCCGGUUGCGAUAAAUUAACAGAUAUUCAUCGCGAUAAAAUUGAUAAUAUUACUAUUCCUUCAAAAAAAGGAAAGGGCCCAUUAAAAAGGGUGGAAGAAGUCUUUGAUUGUUGGUUUGAAUCUGGCAGUAUGCCAUAUGCACAAUGUCAUUACCCUUUUGAAAACAAAGAAAAAUUCGAAGCUUCUUUUCCCGCAGAUUUUAUUGCCGAAGGACUUGAUCAAACAAGAGGAUGGUUCUACACUCUAAUGGUCUUAUCUACACAUCUAUUUAAUAAACCAGCAUUUAAAAAUCUUAUAACAAAUGGUCUGGUAUUAGCAGCAGAUGGUAAAAAAAUGAGCAAACGUUUGAAGAACUAUCCUGAGCCUCAAUCUAUUAUUAACACGUAUGGUGCUGAUGCUUUGAGGUUAUACCUUGUUAAUUCUCCAGUCGUACGUGCUGAGCCAUUGAGAUUUAAAGGAGAAGGCGUCAAGGAAGUUAUUGCCAGGGUUUUCUUACCUUGGUACAAUGCAUAUCGUUUCUUUGAUUCACAAGUUGUGUUGUUGAAGAAGGAUACUGGCAUAGAAUUUAAAUACAAUCCAGUUGCAAAGAAAUCCGAAAAUGUUAUGGAUAGGUGGAUAUUGGCAUGUACUCAAAGUCUUAUAAAAUUGUUAAAUCUCAUUGAACAAUUGACCAAUGGAUAUGUUAGAUUUAAUCGCAAGAGGCUGAAGGGCGAGAAUGGUCCAGAAGAUACCAUAAAUGCAUUAAAUACGUUAUUUGAAGUCUUGCUAACAUUAUGCCGUGUUAUGGCUUCUUUUACCCCCUUCCUCACGGAACAUAUUUACCAAAACCUAAAAAAAUAUCUACCGUCAUCUGAUUCCAAUGAAGACGUUCGUUCCGUUCACUUUUUAUCUUUUCCAGAAGUGAGGAAUGAAUAUUUUGAUUCUGAUAUUGAACGUCGCAUGUCACGCAUGCAAGCAGUUAUUGACUUGGGUAGAAUUAUUCGCGAAAAAAAAACUAUUGGGUUAAAGACACCUUUGAAAGAACUUGUUGUGAUACAUUUAGAUUCACAAUAUCUUUCGGACGUUUUGUCACUUGAAAAUUAUAUCGUUGAAGAACUAAAUAUCAAAAAUCUUCUUGUUACAUCGGAUGAAAGUAAAUAUGGCAUUAAAUACCGGGCAGAGGCUGAUUGGAAAGUGUUAGGUCAAAAGCUUAAAAAAGACGCUGUUAAAGUAAAAAAUGCUCUACCCAAAUUGACUUCUGAACAAGUCAAAGAUUUCGUACACAAUAAAGAGAUUUUGAUUGAUGGAAUUAAAGUGGUCGAAGAAGACCUUCAAGUAGUAAGGUAUUUCGAGGAUACUAAUAGUCAUUAUGAAACAAGUACCGAUAAGGAUGUCCUUAUACUUUUGGACGUCAAAAUAUACGAUGAUUUGCAAGAGGAAGGAUUGGCUCGUGAAGUUGUGAAUCGUGUUCAAAGAUUACGAAAAAAGGCAGGAUUACAACCUACGGAUCCGGUAUUAGCAUACUAUAAAUUUAUCAAGGAUGUCAAUAAUCAAAUAGAAACUAUUAUUAAGACACAAAAUGACAUUAUUGUCAAGAUUUUAAAACGUCCACUGUUUCCAAUUACGGACAAAAUUGAUGGAGCUGAAGUCAUCAUCGAGGAAGAGCAAGAG